GCUACCACGUGCACACAGCAGCCACUCGCUUUAGUUGGGAAGAGAGCACUGUGGAAGAGCGCCUUGCGGCUUUGCAAGGCCGGGACUGGCGACGAGGCCGAAAGGCUUACGAGUACUUGAUCAGUUGCGCGGACAGCUCCUACUCGGAGUUCUUGAAAGCACACACGAGCUUUCUGCGCCGCAGGAAGCGUGAUAUCGCUGCAGGAGAUGUGGAUCCGUGCCGAGCCAUCCCAUUCCUGCCGAUGAACUUCAUGGAGACGAUUGGCCUUGAAUGUGCAGUGUGGCCGCAUCUCUAUUGGACCACCCACAUGUGUGAAACUUUCAUCCGGAGUCAAGACAUUCGCCGGCAAAACCGCAGCCCGAACGCAGUCGCAGCGAACGUGAGCGAUAGUUCGGAUUCGGAUAGGUCGGAAGAUCCCGAGAUCGAGGAGCCGACGGGUGUGCAACAGAAACAGCGCCACAGCGCCAAGGGAAGCUUUUUGGCCAAAGUGUUGUCGUCCGUGAUCGGCUACGGCGCUGAUCGCGAGCUGAGCCAGUUCGUCUACGAUCUGUGGCUCUGGAGCUCGCUCGGUGCGGCAAAGCAUGUCCAAGGCACGACACUGCGGGGAGCGCUGGCGAGCAAGACGUUUUCCCCUGCGUACUGGCAAACACUACAUCAAGGGCUGGUCGAUUGCGUGUCGCAGAUCGGCUUUCCGCAUCUGUUCAUUACGAUCGCGCCUUACGAACCCUCUGCACCGUACCAUGCUUGGAUCGAGGACGAGCUCUCCAAGAUGCUCCGCACGCGCACGAACUUGCCGGCUCCCGAAACCUUCCACCUCGCCCACCUUCUCCUGCAGGUCGCCGAAGGUCUCAUAUCUGGUACUAACCGGCAAGCAGCAGCGAAGAGUCGCAGGUGGACCGAGCAUGUUCUGGCGGCAGAAAAUCCAGAUAUCAAGACAGUGAAGGAGAUUUUCGGUAGGCUGGAGUUUCAGGACGGCAAGCGGAAACGUCAUGUCGGACCAGCUCAGAGCUAUCACGGAUCGGGGCGAACUCAUCUGCACCUGCUGGUGUGGCUCGACAACCCCGAGGCGAUUCCUUGGCAACGAAUUCUGCGAGCAGACCUGCCGUGUGAAGAGCCCGAGCUUCGUGACUUGGUGGAAGGAUCACAGCUGGACUGGGACGACAGUGCUUGGCCGUUGCGCGAAGCACCCACUCAGUUCGAUUCGGAACAGAACCGCAUCUUGCUGCAGCAUCCGGCCGACGCCAAGGCUGCAAACGUCCGAGCUUGGAUGCCGGACGUCAUGGGGGCGAUGUGCUGCCACAUGGACGUUCAGACUGGCGACGGCCGUGAGCUUCUGCUUCAGUACGCGGCCAGUUACAGCGCCAAGUUCUCAGACCAGUUCGCCACAAGCUGGCUGAAUGAGGAAGCCACAGAUUAUCAUCUGGCGCGGCGCAUUCUCUCCGAGUACCAUCCCCUGGAACCGGAGAUGUGGUUGCAAUUGGCUGGUCAGACCUUCCGGCAGGUGGUCAUGACAGGGAUCGUGAGGCGGGUUAGCAUCAAGAUUCCAUGGAAAGAGUGGCCAGACCGUCAACUGGAGGCUUACAUGACAUGCACCUGGCGCCGCGAAGACCACAGCUUCCUCCAGUACUUGCGCCUCAGCAACAAGAACGGAAGCAGACGCAAGAACAAACGCAGGGUGCUGGUGGCGGCUUUGACGAGAAGCCGGAUGACCGACGAGUUCUAUGGACAGUGGCUCGUCCUGAACAUUCCUUUCCGGCAGGUGGACGAGCUGUGGGACGAACGUGUGGAACGAGUGCCCGAAGGCUACCGCAUGCUGGCCCUUUGCUUGUUAAAGAAGCCAGGCCUAUGGGAGCGGCCGCUCAAAGUGCGUGAGCAGCUCAAACUGGCAGGCUAUCGGGAAGCGCCCAUGAACAACAUCCUCGAAAUGCUGGUGGCCCACACGACCAUCAUCAAGGCUUACCUGUCGGGAUCCUUGAGGCUGGAAGAUGAUCCGUAUCCGCCAGUCGAGCAUGUGGCGGCACCAGAGCUGGGCUUUCGUGGACAGCUCGAGCCCGAACAGGCUGCAGUGCUCACGAACAUCAAGGAUACGGUCAUGUGGGCGCUUCGCCGGCGAUAUCCCGAUGAAGCAACUGCAGAAGCUCUGCAAGAAUACCUUGGAAGACCAGAAAGCCAGCGGCCUCGCAUCGCCAAGCCGUUGUGCGUGCUGGGGCCUGCAGGCAGCGGAAAAUCUACUUGCGUGCAGGUCGCCAUUCAACGGGCCGUGGAAGCGGGUGCUCACGUGGGAAUCGCUUGCCCGACAGGAAUGCUGGCCAGCAGCUAUCGCGAGAAAUUUCCAGAUCUCGACGUUGACACUUUGCACGGCAUGUUCCUCCUCCACAGGGAGCAGCACCACACCUGGGAAUGCAUGGCCAAUUACGAUAUGGUAGUGAUUGACGAGGUCGGGCAACUGUCGCAGAGAACCUUCGAGCGGAUCCUUUGGCUGCGCUGCAAAUGUGCAGAGCUGAAGUGGAAACUCGAGCUCCUCCGCACGGCCAAGCCUUCCCGAGAGCAGCUGCACCGCUUAAUUCGAGGGCAUCGGGCAAUGCCCGACAGGGGGCCCGGAUUUAGCCCGGAACCUACGAACCUCGACAUGGAAGGGAUGCUGGGGGAAUGGCCAGAUGCUACGUUCGUGACCGUGACGCGUCGGGCUGCAUCGGUUCUCAACGACUUAGCCGUGGAAGCUCUGUUCAAGGACGAACGACCCUGUGCUGUGGUCCCUGCCGAUUACGAGAGCAACUUGGAGAACUACGACCACUAUGGACAGCUUGUCGACUGCCAGCCGGUGUAUCUACCCAUCUACCUCAGCAUGCGUGUCACCUUGACCAGAAAUGUCAACAAAGGCAUCGGGUUUGUUAACGGCAUGGCAGCAACAGUGGUUGCCGUUCGAGGCACGGCGGUCGUUGUGCGCACGAAAGCUGGUCGCAUCUUGACCGUCUUCCCCAUGACCGACACGGAAGUGAUGAUCGGCGGAGCACCGUGCCGGAGCACCUGCUUGCCAUUGCGUCUUGGAUAUGCCACCACUCUCGUGAAAGUGCAAGGGGCGACACUCUCACGCGUGAUCCUCUGGCUGGACAAGGCAAACGUCGAGGCCGCCGGCUACGUCGCACUGUCACGUGUACAAAGAGAUGCGGACUGGAAGUUCAUAGGGCACGUGACGCCGCACCAUUUUACACCUGCGGCUGGAGUGUAG